AUGUUCUGUACAUUUUCAGAUCCUUCUCACUGGCAUGAGCUGGACAAGGACACCCACUGCUGUGACGGGUCUAACCAGUCUCCCAUCAACAUCAAUAGUAAGGACGCAAUUUGUGCCAAGCUAGACCCCAUCAAGUACAUACCCAAGCAUCGAAAAGAAAUAUCAGGCAAUCUGGAAAUAAAUGGCCAUGGUGCGAGUCUCGCCUUCUUCAAAAAUAAUCGCCUCGUGACGAAGAACAUGCCCUUCAUAGACGCCCAGUACGUUCUGCACUCCAUCCACUUCCAUUCUCCCUCGGAACAUCUCGUCAACGGCAAGCACUUCGACGGGGAGUUACAUCUGGUUCACUACAAAAAACGGUAUCGGAGUGUUGGGGCAGCCGUUGGCAAGGAAGACGGCUUGGCUGUCGUUGGGGUGUUUCUGGAGGUAACAGGGGAGUCGGAAGACAAUGCUUUCAACAGGUUUGUGGAUGGAGUGGCCAAACUGAAAGGCGAUGGAACCGAGAAAGUGAGUCUGGACCCACGUGAACUGCUGCUUAUGAAUAACGAUUACUACACGUACAAGGGGUCGCUUACCACCCCGCCCUGUUCGGAGUCAGUCCGAUGGGUUGUUAUGGAUUUGCCUGUUCUCACCACAGCAGACAGGCUCAACGUGCUGAAGAACGUUCCAGUCAGUGGCGGCGAGCCCCUCUCCGUUGAUACAAACGUCAGACCAGCUCAACCUGUGAACGGCCGCCCUAUUUACGUGGUAUGCUGA